UUUGUUAAUCCGUUUCUCUAUUAACAACAUUAUUCCAUUUUAUUUUCUUCAUUCACCGACUCUCUCGCUUCUCUCUUGGCUCCUCUCAUUCUCUGCGAUCUUACACCAAGAAGCCUCUCUUUCGUCACCGAGGAAGAAGAUCUUAUUAAUCACCAUGUCUUGUAACAUCACCACCACGAACGAAGAAGAUGCAUCGAGCAACUUUGGAUGCAAUAUCUGUCUUGAAUUGGCUAGAGAUCCGAUCGUGACUCUAUGUGGUCAUUUGUUCUGUUGGCCUUGUCUCUACAAGUGGCUCCAUUACCAUUCCCAAUCGAAACAUUGCCCUGUUUGUAAAGCUUCCGUUAAGGAAGACAGUUUGGUUCCUUUGUAUGGAAUGGGCAAACCAUCUUCUGACCCCAGAUCCAAGCCAUGUUGUGGUGUUUCUUCUGUCCCCAAUCGUCCAUCUGCGACUAGGAUUGAAACAGCUCGUCCUCCUCUUGGACAAAGAUAUCAUGGAUCUAGUCUCUUUGGAGGGCAUUCAGGGUUUGCUCCAAUGCCAACUGGUACCCGGUUUUCAAACUUCUUGUUGUAAUGCGCAUGGAAAGUAUCUUUGAUGAAUCCGAGUAGACGGUGUUCUGUUUUUUUUUUUUUUUUCUUGACAAUGUUUUUGAAACUAUUAUUAGUCUACAAAUUUUGCUACGUUCACAAUGUUUUGAGCUUAUAAUGUUUGUGUCGUUCUUUGGUCUUAAGUUUUGCAUC